CAGAAAUAGGAACAACACAGUAAAGUAAACUACAAAUUUUUCCUCAUUUUUCCAAACAUUUUUUUUUUUUUUGUAUUUCCAAUCACUCGAAAAUAAUUUAUUUGCCCACAAAAUGGCUGAAGCAGAUGAAAACUGUGAUGAUGUCGUAGUCAAGAAAAAGAAAAAGUCCAGCAAAAAGAAUUGGGUUAUGUGCUGCAAGAAGGAUUUGCCGCCGCCACCGAAGCCCGCGCCCGUCGAAAAGCCACCACAAGUCGUUAAAUGCGAACCGAUUGUGAAGCCACCAAAGCCAAAGAAAGCCGACGCAGAGCCCGUGUGCGAAAAGGCAUCAUUCUAUCGCUCUGGCGACGAGCUACGCGCAUAUCUGGACCGCGAGGUGGUGCCCAUCAUGAUGGAGGGCAUGGUGGCUCUGGCUCGUGAUCAGCCCAAGGAUCCCAUUAGCUAUCUGGAACACUUCUGGCUGGAUGAGAAGCACAAGUGCGACAUACCCCUGCCAGAGAAUCUGCUCUAGGCUAGCCGCAGUAUUCACCGCACACUAAACGGACUUGCCCCUUCCCUGAAUCUCACGCGUUGUCUCUAGCUCUACUUAACUUUCAAGAUAUCAAACACUUAAAUGUUUCUGGUUUUACGUUUGGAUGGAGGAGAAGCACAAGUGCGACAUACCCAUCCCAGAAGAUCUGUUCUCGUUAAAUGAAUGUUUACUGUACACAACACAUACCCACGGCUUCCCUCUCUCUUCUACGUUUGACUGGAGGAGAAGCACAAAUGCAACACGCCCAAGCCGCAGAAUCGACCUUACGUAGCCUAAGUUCACUUUACUUUUAUCGGUUUUGGUCCUUUCUUCUUCCUAGCGCGUUCGCCCGUGUUCAUCUCAUCUUUCAAGAUAUCAAGUAGGAAAUGUUUCUAGCUCUACGUUUGGCUGGAGGAGAAGCACAAGUACAACAUACCUAGACGCACUCUUUAUAGCUGGAGUCUUCAAAGUACACUAAUCAGGCUUGCUCUGCCUGUCGUUCGCCCUCUCGCACCUCUCAUACUUGUAGAUAUCACACAGUAAAUGUUUAUGGUUUUACGUUGGGAUGGAGGAGAAGCACAAGUGCGACAUACCCAUCCCGGAGAAUUUUGUUUAACAGAGUAUUCACUAUACACUAAUCAAACUUGAUAUCGUCUCCCUUCAAUCUGUCUCAAAUUUCAAAAAUAUGAAAACAAAAUAAAUGUUUCUGGUUUUACGUUUGAAA